AUGGCGCCAUCAACCGACCGAACCACGUCCACGUCCGCCAGCGGGUCCCGUGCAGAGCCGGAGCUCCCGUCGUCAGUCAUUUGGGACCAAGUAAGUUCGCGUCCACCAUGUACUCCUUCAACCAGACAGCUCCAACCCAAGACACCGUCGAUCAAGAGCGACAACGAGGCCAAGCAGCGACUACUGACCUCGCCCCGACGCUGGAAACUGCAGACGUUCCGGUCUACGCAGCUCGUGCAGUGGCGUCGUCGCUACUUUGACGGCAUUUUACGCUGGGAAGCUGCUCUUCGCUUGAUCUUUGUAGCUCUUCCUACGCUCGUGUUCACGCGCGUGAACAAUGCACGGAUCGUCGUCUCGUUCUUCUUUGUGUAUGUGAUGCUGCAGGCGCUGGCCAUUCUCUGGGGAUUCCUUUUUAACGUUGGAGCGGUGUUGGGCGAGAACAUGAGCACGAUUGUUACCAUGCCCUUCACUCAAGCUAUAUGCGUCAUUGUGGUCUACGUGUCCGUCAUGGGCAUUAUUCUGUCCUUUGGACGGGCCACGUGGAUCCUGACGUGGCAGUCGCUGGAGAAUUUCCCGCUGAUUCGACGCAUUAUUGCCUGUGAAUGCAGUCCACAAGCGGUCAUUCUUACCGUCGCAAUGCCGCUGCUGAUCAUUCUUCCCAGUUUGAUUUUGGUCCCGUCGUACUGCACUAGUAAAGUGCUGCAAGAGUCGUCCACUCUUAUUCACGCCAUGUGUGAAGAGUCUUAUAUGAAGCUCUUGACCGACAAACACCCAGUAUUCCAGCGAGCGUUGCGUAUAUCCACGGCGAUCGCAAUCUGCCAGUUCAUCCAGCUCUCGCUGGAGAUUUUGCCACGAUGGCGCUCGGCACUUGCUGGACUUGGCACGAUGAAAACGUUUUUUCUCGGGGGAUGGUUGCUGGGAAUGAAUUUUUUGGGCGGUUUAUGGGCUGUUGAAUGGAGCGCACGGCACAUUGGUCUUAAGGUCACGCCACUGAGCGAUCUCACAAACUACCAGUGGGAGAUCUUUGGCAUGGCCUUACUUGUUGGAUGGAUACUUUGGUUUUUGGCAGUCACGUGCUUUACGUAUCCCAACGUCAGCAAGUGCGACUCAAAUGAGAAGGCGCUCUCGGGCUUCUUCGAGCGGCUCAAAUUUACGUUUGUCGUUGGUCAGGGCAUUGUGUUUCUUCGAGCUUGUGUGCAUCCACACAUGGGAUUCGUUCACGCGCAGCUGGAGCUUACCAUUAUUAAUUUGUUGCUACCGUCAAUCUACGUGGUAUCUCUCAUCUGUCUUCGAAUGGUCAGUCUACUGAGUGCCCGCGCGGUACUCUUUGCCGGCCCUUUGGCCCUAGCAAUGGCUACCAUUAUUUUUGUGAGCUCGAGAAUGACAGAGAAGCCCCACGUUUUCGUUGUGGUAGGCCUCUUCUUCUUUGAUCAAUUCUUGCGCUCUGAAGCUGCUUCGUCUUUGAGUGAGGUGGGCCAGUCUCUCCAACAGAUGUUGCAAGAAACAGCUUUUGAUAAGGACCACUCGCUUUUGGGUCACCAAACGGCCAAGAAAUUUGUAAAUAUCGCGAUUGCUCUCCUACUGUUAUUUGUUGCAGCGCUUUCUGGAUUCAGCGUUCUUUCUGCUCUUCAAAAAAACGCAAAAUGGUUUCCGGAUGCCACAUCCGUGGAGUAUGAAGACAACACGAUCUACAUUCAUCAUACGGGAGUUGUAAAGCUGCGCCUGGGUCUUUCGAAUCAGUCCAAUCCAGCUCUUUUGGUGGACGACCCGCUUUAUGCAAGCUGCUCGAAUCAAUGGAACGGACUAAGUCUGAUCGAUUUGGCCUUUUUUGCUGAAGCGGCGUACUUCAACCCUUUGUCAAACGACACGGCGGAGUUUAUCUCGACAAUAUUCAACGACGAUCUGGGAGACGUUCAUGUUUACUUGCCCGCGCUGAACACGAAGACUGGGUCUAAACUAGAUUUCUUUGAAGCCCACAUUCCGAAGCUCAACACAAGCGUCAUUUCUGUGCGAGGUACCGAUAUCUGGAGAUUCACGGAUUUUGUGGAGGAUGUGAAAAUGUUUUUCGAGCCCGUUGUGUUCUCGGUACUGUCGUCAAUAUUCCCGACCAUUCGCAUCUGGCCUGACGUCACAUUUUCCACGUUGAUUGAGCUGUAUAGUGAAAUGAUUGGUUUGUUCGGUCUGCAGCAUGAGUCAUGGUAUUAUCAUGAACUACUGGACUACGUCACGUCUCUCACGGAUCGAAAAGUUGUGCUGACGGGCCAUUCAAUGGGCGGGGGUAUUGCACGACUUGUGGGCUCCAUCGUCGGGGCAACGUCCGUGACCUUUUCGCCACCCGGAUUCGUUCAGAGCUACAGUAAAUUGGUUCAUCACAUUGGCGGUACGUCGAUGAAGGUCGACCGGGCAAGCUUGCAUCACCGCAACUUUGCUGUCGUGCCCGAGUAUGAUCCGAUUACCAUGAUUGACGUUCAAGCUGGCAUGACUCAGAAAAUCUCGUGCGAUACACCGCAUCUAUCGAUGCAGUUGUCCUGUCAUAUGCUUGAGGGAACGCUCUGCAACUUGGUGGAACACUGUGGCUAUGCUCGAGGCAGAAUCUCGUCGUGUCUUUUUGAGCACAAUAUCGCCGGAGCCACGGAGGACAUGCUCCCUAGAUUGUUGUCGACGAUUUUCAAGCCUCAGAUGUACAUUCUAGUCACAGUGGCGGUACUGAUUGCGCUUUCGAUUUGGUUUCGUCGUCACCGUCGUAAAAUUCGGACACCGCCAUCGACACCGUCUUGUCGCGGCGAGAGUAGGAUUCCGAGCCGCUUUGCACAUAGCUCAGGAAGUGUGCGGGUACAACAAACGUCUCCUUAUAUCCGGCGCAAGUCCAUUUUCUAG